AUGUGCCCUUGUUCAGCAACUGUCCAAUGGUGCAACAUCUUCGACUCAACAACGGUUCUUUGGUGCAUCGAUGAUUCAACGACGGCGGCUCAGCAAGGUCUUGCGGUGGACCGACAAGGGUGGUGUUUGAUUAGGGCUGGAUCGAUGGCGACUAGAGUUUUCUUAACAAAAAAGAAAUGGGAAAAAAGAAGGAUUCAUUAUACUGGACUUCAAUCAGCGGUUAACGGUGGCGAAAUUGAAGCGACGACCGACGAUGGCGUCGAUUUAGGGUUCCGACAUGGUGGUUAUGACGAAAAUAACAUCGUUUGGUUGAGUGACACUCUUUCAAAGUGGCGAAAUCGAUAA